CGCAUCUCGCCAUUAGUUAGUCAUCGGACACGUGCGUUGCCGGUCUCUUGUUCCGUAGAGAGCCCGCGCUCUAAUAUUACUCAUAAACGAAUUGUGCCGCAUUCGAAAAACAAUGACUUGUCAUUUGUCGGUAGUUAUUAUUUUGGCAGUCAACAUUUUCAUUAUUGUAGUAGGAUCAAAAUUACCAGACAUCAAGACAGAUGUUAUGAAAAUAUAUCCUAAAUUUAAUGGAACUGUAGAAAACGUCACAGCCACAGUAGGCCGAAGAGCCACACUAUCCUGUACAAUUGAAAAUCUUGGAGCACAUAAGAUUGGUUGGAUGAAAGCAGAAGACCAAACAAUAUUAACAUUUCAUGAACGCGUUGUCGCCUCAAGUGGGAGAUUCAGUGUGACUCAUGAAGGAUACAGAACUUGGUACUUACAUAUAAGAGACGUAGAAGAAAACGACAAAGGCUGCUACAUGUGUCAAGUAAAUACGAUCGAAAUGCAGAAGCAAAUUGGUUGCUUAGACGUUUUAGUACCUCCUGAUAUAAUUACUGACGAGUCAAGUACAGACAUUACAUUGAUGGAAGGUGAAAAUGCUACAUUGUCAUGUCAUGCUACCGGUAAUCCAGAACCAAGAAUCACAUGGAAACGAGAAAAAGGGCAACCGUUAUUGAUGCGAUCCGGUUCUAGAGAUCUUGUAAAAUACGAUUCGUACACCGGUAACGACCUGAAACUUUGGCGGCUUGACAGAAGACAAACUGGUGUUUACUACUGUAUAGCCAGCAAUGGUAUACCGCCCGCGGUCAGUAAAAGAAUUACUCUAAAUGUUUACUUUCCACCGGUAAUUGUUGUUCGCAAUCAACUUUUGGGAGCACCUAUUGGGACAGACGUUACAUUAGAAUGUCACGUCGAAUCUUAUCCAAAAUCAAUCAAUUAUUGGGUUAGAAAUCGAACAAAGAUGUUAAUGGAUGGGCCAAAACACGUGCUUAGGGAGACUAUAUCCGACUACAAGUCUGCUUACUACAUAGUCAUUAAGAUGUUCGACCAGUCGGACGUAGGCACGUACAGUUGUAUAUCGACCAAUUCCAUCGGUAACGCCGAAGGCACUCUAAGAGUUUACGAACUACAGGGUGACAUACCAUUUGGUAAAAGUUCCAAAAAUAAAGUGGCUAUGUCAUCGGCGUGUCCAAAACAUAUGCAUAUAGUCACCGUGGCAGCAUUAACAGUAAUUUGGGCAAAGGCGAUAGGUUAAAUAACCUUUCAGAUGAAUUUCAUUGUUCAAUUAAAUGUAUUUUUUAUACUAUGUAUAUUAUCUAAAUAAUUGUGUCACGAGAAUAUGCUUACCUAUUUUCUAUUAAAUAGGUAUUCAUCGCUCAUCAACAGACUGGACGUCUACUGUGAUUGUUAAAUUUAUAUUAUAACUAAUUUACUAUUGUAAAGAUGAUCAACUUGUCCACUUGUUAUACAAUGAUCUUCAUUUUGUAAAUUUCUAUUACGCGUAUUUUUCAACCUUUUGUUAUCAAUUUUAAAAGUGAAAACUUCAUUGUUUUAAUUAUUGAAUAAUGUACAAUAAGACUAAUAUUAUACUAUAAAAAAUGCUUUUGGGAUAUUUUUUCCCUUUAAAUAGUUCUAUUUAGUAUAAAUAAAAGAAAAAAAAGAUAAAAUUUAAUAUACAGAGUAUUGUAUUCAAUAAAUUAAAAAUAUGUAUUCAAAGAAAAAAACCACAUUAAAUUUAAAUGAUAGUUUAUAACUCACUAUUAUUAUAUCGAGAUUAUCAAAUAAUACACACUGCAUUGAAAAGAGCGCCUAAGUGUAAUUUUUGAUAUUAUCAUUAUCGUAUAUCACCAUAUUUUUACCCGAAAAAAUGUUUCAGUUAUUUGUACACAGUAUUGUUCAAAGUAGAUAUGCCAAAGCUGAAUCAUUGUAUUCUUUUUUGCAACUAGUUUAACACAAUUAUGUCCCACUGGAGAAAUUAUUGUACCCUUUGUACCUAAAAUAUCUUUUGUUGAAUAGCUUCCAUACAUUCUAAACUUUAUAAAGUGGUUUCUCUUUUGUAAUACUUAAUACUUUAAAUUGUUAAUAAAAAUAAAUAAAUGAAAAUUUAUUCUGUUCAUUUUGAAGAAAAUUCCAUUGUUAACAAGUAAAUAAUGUGUAUUAUACUUAACAAAACAUACUGUAUCUGUGUAAAAUCAUCAAAACAAUUUCAAGAGUGUUGCAAAUGUACAUUAAUUUAUAAAAUUAAAAUUAACUUAAUAUUAAUGUAUUAACUUAUAUGAAAUAACUAAGGACAAUAUAUUUAAUUACCCUAUGAGCUUUGGAUUCAUCAAACAAUUUAAUAAUUGUCAUAUUUUUAAGAUAAAUAAACAGUUUUUAAACACUAAAAUAUAUAUAAAUAUAUUACUCCAUCACUCAAGUGUACUAUAAAAAAAAACAGAACGAAAUACCAAGAAUAAAAUUAUAACAAAAAUAGUGUAAAUACAAAAACUCUAUUUUUACAUGCAUUAUUACAAAAUGCAAACCAAAGUAAUACAAAUUAACAAGCACUUAAAAUCAUGUAAAUUGUCACA